UCUUCUAAUUUUUUUUUUUUUUUUCGGAAGAUGAAGUACUCUUAAGGAGAGAGAGUUGUUUUCGGAAAAGAGAUUGUUAUGCUGAAAGUGAUCAAGAUUUGGACUUCCCCAAAGAUUUGCUGUUUGUUGGACAGUGUGGGAGGAGAGAAAGUAACACGGUGCAAUCAACUACCAGAAGGGUCAAAGUCAGUAGAGAGGAAUCUGGGAAAUAACAAGUUGGUAAUACGUUUUCCAGCAUCUUUCAUGAAUACGUGGGUCUUUUUAGGUCUUUACAUUUUUACUUUUUGGCUUGAACCUGAAUUGAAGCACUGAUUAGACAUUAGGCAGCAAAUGCUGUGAGCAUACGGUGAGCACUCAACCGGACAUUCAAAGCACCCGGGGUGAAUGUUUAAAAAGUCAACAGAUCUGUUGGCGUUCACCCAUCCAAAGGUAGAUAUAUUGAUAUAAUCAAGAUUAUUUUAAUAAUUUCCAGUGACCUUUAAGAGAUUUGGCAACAUGGCUUCCCCUCCACACCAGCAGUUGCUGCAUCACCACAGCACGGAGGUAAGCUGUGACUCCAGUGGAGACAGCAACAGUGUCCGGGUAAAAAUCAACCCCAAGCAGCAUUUGGGCUGUUCUUCCAACCCUCACCCCAAACACUGCAAGUAUAGCAUCUCCUCCAGUUGUAGUAGCUCAGGUGAAUCUGGAGGGCUUCCUAGGAGAACCGGAGGUGGAAGCCGAGGCCUCCGCAGGAAAAAGAAACUGCCACAGCUUUUUGAGAGAGCUUCUAGUAGAUGGUGGAACCCCAAAUUUGACUCAACCAACCUAGAGGAGGCUUGUAUGGAAAGGUGCUUUCCCCAGACCCAGCGCAGGUUUCGCUAUGCUCUCUUCUACAUCGGUGUGGCCUGUCUUCUCUGGGGCAUCUAUUUUGGUAUCCACAUGCGAUCUAAAUUGAUUGUCUUUGUGGUACCCACUCUGUGCUUCCUUUUAGUGUGUGUGUGUUUUUUCCUAUUUACCUUCACCAAGCAUUAUGCUCGGCACUAUGUGUGGACCUCACUGAUCCUGAUUCUCCUGGUUUUUACUCUGACUCUAGCUUCACAGUUUCAGGUUUUGACACCUCUCUCAGGAAGGGAUGACAGCUCUAAUCAUACUCCUCUUGCUCUAUCCACAGACACUUGCUUAUCUCAAGUAGGCAGUUUUUCAAUGUGCAUUGAAGUGCUCUUGUUACUCUAUGCUGUUAUGCACUUACCUCUGUAUUUAAGCUUGUUUUUGGGAGUAGCCUAUUCUAUUCUUUUUGAGCUCUUUGGGUAUCAUUUCCGAGAUGAAUGCUGUUUCCCAUCAUCUGGAAUGAGACAUAUGCACUGGGAGUUGUUAAGCAAAGCUUUGCUCCACAUAUGUAUUCAUGCUAUUGGGAUCCACUUAUUUAUCAUGUCUGAAGUUAGAUCGAGGAGCACAUUCCUUAAAGUGGGACAAUCAAUUAUGCACGGGAAAGACUUGGAGGUAGAGAAAGCCCUGAAAGAGCGAAUGAUUCACUCUGUGAUGCCAAGAAUCAUAGCUGAUGACUUAAUGAAGCAGGGGGAUGAUGAAAGUGAGAAUUCAGUCAAACGGCACUCGACCUCAAGCCCCAAGAAUAGGAAGAAAAAGUCUUCCAUACAGAAAACUCCUAUAAUAUUUCGUCCUUUUAAGAUGCAGCAAAUUGAACAAGUAAGCAUUUUGUUUGCAGAUAUUGUUGGUUUCACAAAAAUGAGUGCCAACAAGUCUGCCCAUGCCCUGGUGGGUCUUUUGAAUGAUUUAUUUGGUCGUUUUGACCGUUUAUGUGAAGAUACAAAAUGUGAGAAAAUAAGUACUCUGGGUGACUGCUAUUACUGUGUAGCGGGAUGUCCAGAACCCAGAGCAGAUCAUGCCUAUUGCUGCAUCGAAAUGGGUUUGGGCAUGAUUAAAGCCAUCGAACAGUUCUGCCAGGAGAAGAAAGAAAUGGUGAACAUGCGAGUUGGGGUUCACACUGGGACAGUUUUAUGUGGCAUUCUGGGCAUGAGGAGGUUUAAAUUUGACGUGUGGUCAAAUGAUGUGAACUUAGCCAAUCUUAUGGAACAGCUGGGUGUGGCUGGCAAGGUUCAUAUUUCGGAGGCUACAGCAAAAUAUUUAGAUGAUCGUUAUGAAAUGGAGGAUGGGAAAGUUAUUGAACGAGUUGGCCAGAGCGUUGUUGCUGACCAGUUGAAAGGUUUGAAGACAUACCUGAUAUCGGGUCAAAGAGUCCUGAAAGAAUCCUAUUGCAGCUGUUCAGAGGUGUUACUUUCUGGCUUUGAGGCAGGGGAUCGCUCAAGUUUGUCUUCAGGUCCUAAAUUACAAGGAGCAUCAUCACCAGAGAGCGUCAGCGACUUGGCAAAGAGUUUUAAAACUUUUGAUAAAAAUAAGACAUGUCCUUCAUGUGGUGUUACAUUUGCUCCCAACUGUGAAGCCAGUCCUGAAGAAGGAACAAUUCAAAAUGGCUGCCAAGAUGAGCAUAAAAAUAAUGCCAAGCAGGCUUCUGGAGGACAUAGUCCAAAGACCCAAAAUGGCCUUUUGAAUCCUCCUCAGGAAGAGAAGCUGACCAAUAGCCAGACAUCUUUGUAUGAGAUGUUACAAGAGAAAGGAAGAUGGGCAGGAGUGAGCUUGGAUCAAUCUGCUCUCCUUCCAUUGAGAUUCAAGAAUAUUCGAGAGAAGACAGAUGCUCAUUUUGUUGAUGUUAUUAAAGAAGACAGCCUGAUGAAAGACUACUUCUUUAAACCACCUAUUAAUAGAUUGAGUUUGAAUUUCUUGGAUCGGGAUCUAGAGAUGGCCUACAGGACCAGCUAUCAGGAAGAGGUUAUAAAAAACUCUCCUGUGAAGACAUAUGCCAGUGCUACCUUCAGUUCUCUCCUGGAUGUAUUCUUGUCAACAACAGUUUUCCUCAUUCUGUCCAUCACUUGCUUCCUAAAACAUGGAAUGGCUUCUGUCCCACCCCCACCAACUGCAGUUGUGAUUUUCAUCAUUGCUAUUCUACUGGAAGUAUUCUCCCUCAUCAUCUCUAUUAGAAUGGCAUUUUUCCUUGAGGAAGUAAUGACUUGUACUAAGCACCUGCUGGAGGUGAUAGCUGGUUGGCUACCUCGGCAUUUCAUUGGCGCAAUCCUGGUCUCACUUCCGGCCCUUGCAGUUUAUUCACAUUUUACCUCUGAAUUUGAAACAAACAUACAUUAUACCAUGUUUAUGUGCUCUGCAAUUCUGAUCACCAUUGUGCAAUACUGUAAUUUUUGCCAGCUAAGUUUCUGGAUGAGAUCAUCAUUAGCAACAAUUGUGGGAGUUGUGCUUGUCAUUUUACUCUAUGUCUCUUUGUGUCCAGACAGUUCCAUAGAAACAUCCCACUUAGAUGCAGUACAGAAUUUCAGUUCCAGGAAGAAUCCAUGCAACACUUCAAUGCCAAAUUUUAGCAAAAAACCAGCAGACCUAAUUGGCCAGGAGGUGACACUCGUUUGCUUUCUCCUGCUUUUACUGGUCUGGUUCUUGAAUCGAGAGUUUGAAGUCAGUUACAGGCUUCACUAUCAUGGAAAUGUGGAAGCUGAUCUUCACCGUACCAAAAUCCAGAGUAUGAGAGAUCAGGCUGACUGGCUGCUAAGAAACAUUAUUCCUUAUCAUGUGGCAGAACAACUGAAGGUUUCCCAAAGCUACUCUAAAAACCAUGAUAGUGGAGGGGUAAUCUUUGCCAGCAUUGUAAACUUCAGUGAAUUUUAUGAAGAGAACUACGAAGGAGGUAAGGAGUGUUAUCGAGUCCUAAAUGAACUGAUUGGAGACUUUGAUGAAUUGCUAAGCAAACCAGAUUAUAACAACAUUGAGAAGAUUAAAACCAUCGGGGCCACAUACAUGGCAGCCUCUGGACUGAAUACCUCCCAAUGUCAAGACAGCAAUCAUCCACAUGAACAUUUGCGAACCCUUUUUGAAUUUGCCAAAGAAAUGAUGCAAGUUGUGGACGACUUCAACAAUAAUAUGCUCUGGUUCAACUUUAAACUUAGAAUUGGCUUUAACCAUGGACCCCUCACUGCAGGGGUUAUUGGCACUACAAAGUUACUGUAUGAUAUUUGGGGAGAUACAGUGAAUAUUGCCAGCAGGAUGGAUACUACUGGAGUGGAGUGCCGCAUACAGGUGAGUGAAGAGAGCUACCAUAUCUUGAACAAGAUGGGAUAUGAAUUUGACUACAGGGGAACAGUAAAUGUGAAGGGGAAAGGUCAAAUGAAAACCUACCUUUAUCCGAAAUGCAUGGACAGUGGGAUUGUGCCACAUCAUCAAUUAUCUAUAUCACCGGACAUUCGAGUUCAAGUAGAUGGCAGCAUUGGACGGUCUCCAACAGAUGAGAUUGCCAACUUGGUGCCUUCUGUUCACAGUUCUGACAAGACAUCUUAUGGUUCUGAUAGUAAUACACAGGCGAAGGAUGCUCACCUAUCUGCGAAGAAGCCUCGGAAAGACCCAGUAAAAGCAGAAGAAAGGUGUAGAUUUGGCAAAGCCAUAGAAAAAAGUGACUGUGGUGAAAUGGAAAUUGAAGAAGCCAAUGAGCUAACCAAGCUAAAUAUUUCAAAGAGUGUAUGAUGCAGCCACAAAGAGUCAGCUGCAUGAGGUGCUCUAUCCAUAGAAACACAAUAAUAUUUACAAUUUGGCUGUUUUUUUUUUUUUCAAGAGACACAUUUCCAGUGCCUAGAUGUUAUGUUGUCAUUUAAACCCUGACUUCUGUGUGGAUCACAGAAGUUCAGAAUUCAUUUUCAUCCAUCUCUCUUCCAUCACUUCCCCUCCUGGAAAAGCUUCCCACCUCUUUCUGUAAUUAUCUUUCAGCAGUGUGGAAAAUAAGUGCCUUCAGGUAUUUUCCAUGGCCUUGAAGUCUAGGUACAGAGGCCGUUGGCGAAUCAUGGCUUUGGGUAUCAAUUGCAUUUUAAAGCAAAAGCUGUGGUUAAGAUAUCAUUUUUAUUGUUGUUUCUCACAUUUUUGGCUAAUACAACUCUUUGAGAUUUGUUUAUUUCUUUGUGUGUAUAUAUUAUAGUGUUUUACAAUCAUCAUCUGACCUUUCUAUGUAAACACACUCGCAUUUAUGAAAUUGAUAUUAAAGUGCCAAUAAUGUACUGAGAAGGGAUGUUAAAGGAAAGGGAAUAAUGUGUAGUGAGCUGGGAAAGGCAUUGAUUCCACAGUGGCUUGUCCUUUAGAUAAAGCCUGUGAUGUAGCUGUGGUGAUUCCAUCCUGUUUUGCAAAUGCUUUGAAAACACACACAUGCCAUUGUGUGUAUUGGAUGUGUCACUUUCCUUAUAUUCAGUGGUUUUCAGACUUCAUCUGCUUUCAGGGCAGUCUUCAAAGUGCAAAUAGGUAACAAAGCAUCUUCAGUCUGGGCCACCAAGUAUCAGAGAAGCCAUUUUCACUUUAGUGAAUCCCUACUUUUAAGGGAUUUUCAAGUUCAAAGUUAGUGUCUUUGAAGUAUGUGUGUUUAAGAAAAGAACUUAAAAUAAAUGUCUUAGGGUUGCAUUUAUUUAUUUAUUUAUUUUCAAUAAAUGUGAUUAGGUUGGAAAUGGGUUUGGGAGUAGGGGUCUCGAGAGAGGGAAAUAGAUUUUGUUUGCAAAGAAUAUCAUAUAACAAUAAUCAGAUUGUCCGUUAGUAUUUCAGCCACUUAGCUACCAACCACUGUGAGGACGUUGAGCAGUAUUUAUAUCAAAGGAGGUGUGGAUUCCAAGUCAUCAAAUGCAUGUUGAAUCUGAAAAUCCCAGCUUCCCAUUUUAUAUGGACUGAUACUCCUGCCCAGUGCCCUCAGGCUUUGUGUUGUGGUACAUUGUUGCACUCUGGCAUUCUGUGGGCUUUGUACUUGCCCUCUUUACUCACUGCAGGUAUAGAGAUCAAAAUGCUUUCUCUGUCCCAUUUAAGGAUGUAUAUAGAAAGAGCUUUCAUCAUGAGCUAAGAAGCACAGGACCUGGUUACAAAUAUUAGUAUUCCCUUUGUUUAAACAAAUUUGAUUUCUCCUUUUCUUUAUUUCAGACUGGAUGACCUAUAGGGGAAGGGGGAGGGACAAAAUGUGUUCCAUUAAGCUAAUUUUCACCUGUUAUAGAUUGAAAGAGUUCUUACCCUAUACCAUAAGAUGAAAUAAUUUGCAAAAACUGAGUUGAUCAACUUAAGAAAAUAUGGAAAUCUCCUUAUGCAGUCACAUUUAAAUUUUUUUUAUUCCACCUUAAGUUCCUUAAGAACUGAACCCAGAUUAUAGUUUCUCUAAAGCUGCUAAUACUGAAGCAAUACUAAAAUAUAGCUCAUCAAAUAAUUUGAGAAAGCUACUUCUAUAUUUAAGAUUCCAAAUAUGAUUUACUAGCAACAUGUCACUCCAUUUAAAUCCUAUUAUAACUGCCCUUACCAAAUCCUUGGUUCUCAUAAUAUUGUUCUCCACUGAGUGAAAUGUUGAUUAUGAUCAUCUAACUCACAGCUCAGGUUUAAUCAUAAAGAACACAAAGGUGGGUACCCACUAGUACAGUUUUAUAUCCAUAAUGCUUAUUUUAUUGGGCAAUAACAUUAUUAUCAAUAACAGUAAUGUUUUUCUUCAGGUUUUGCCUGUCAAAUUGUUGGUCUUCCACUAUUGAAGGAAGUGUAGUUGUUCAAAUACCUCUUGCCUGUAAAGAAUGUAUUCUUCCAAAAAUGCAGAAUUUAUUUUUAUUUCUCAAGAAAUAAUAAUAAUAAAAGACUAUAAUUUAUUGUUGAAUUGCUGAUCUGCUUUGGUAAGGGGAGCUUCCACGAUCCCUACAUGGAUGGAAUCACAGGUUCAGACCAAUAAUAAUAAUAACUCAGAUUUAUAUAAGAUUUUCCUAGAACCCACCCCUUAUGAUAGGUAGUAUUAGUUUUAUUAUCCCUGUUUUACAGGUGAGGAAACUAAAGGUCAUGAAAAUUAAAUGAUCUGCCCAUGUUUAUUACACAGGAUUUAAGAUAGGAUACAAACCAGUCAUCCACCAUUUCCAGUACAACACACUAUCCAUCAUAUCACACACACACCACAUGCUAAAUGAUGCUUUCCUUGUGGAAAUAUUCUCUUCCUGAGGGCAUUUUUCUUCUCUCAAUAUUAAAGAGUGUGAAUAUUUUAAUCUCCUUUUCUCUUCCAUUCGCUAGGAUCUAGUCUCUGGUUUGCUUAAAUUCUAGCCAUUGUAACUGCUUAAAUUAACUUUGUGUUUGCUGCUCUAUUUUCAAAGAGGUUUCCCUUUUCAUGAAGAAACCAGGUGUAAUGGAAAGAGUGUUGACCAAGAAUAGAGGGAAAAUAGGCCUGCAAUCUCCCUUUGACAUUAGCUGCAUGAACAUGAGUUCUCUGAGUUACUUUCAGUUUAUUUGUCUGUAAAUUGAAGAUAAAUGAUACCAAUAGUACCUAUUUAAUGGGACUGUGAUGAGAAUCAAAUGAGACAAUGUAUAUAAAAGCACCUUGUGAAACUAAAACUAUAUGAAUGUCAGUUAGUAUUAUUUUUACAAACUUUUUUUUUAAAUUAGUAUUCAUGGUUAUAUGAAACUAGGUUCAGUAGUAUUGAAAGGAAGGUUGACCUUAAAGUUUAUAAUGAUGUCUUCCAGAAAAGUUAUCCUGAACCUACUUAAAUAGCCAGUCUGGGCAACUUUUCAUGUCCUUAAUUCACUGUUCUCUUGCACAGAUCUUGAAAACAUAGCUUAUUUACCUCAUUAUGUCCCCCACGGAAUCUGUAUUGGAAAAGCUUUGAGUCUAAUCCUAUAAGCAUUGAGCAAAUGAUUCUUCUAGGUGAGCAUGCUUCCAAAUUUUGAACUGAAAAGCUAGUCGCUGUUCUUUCAUUGACUUGUUCUUUGGUGUGGUUGUUAAUUAUGCCUUAUGAGUCUAAUGUCAGAAGCAACAACUUCUGAAUGUGUGCCAACAAUUACUUAGGAUUGCAUUUCAUUACCGUGUUCUUCCUUAGCCCAAGUCAGAUAAGGAAUAGAAUUAAUAGAAUUAUCAGAAUUUACCUAAUCCAACCAUCUCCUUUUAUAAAGAAGGUGCUUGAGGCACAAGACAGAUGAAAUGACCUGCCAGAGGUCACAUGGUUAGUAAGGGGCAGAGUGGCACCUUGAAGCCCAGGUGUUUUUUCCAUUAUUCUAAGCUGCCUCUUCCAAGUAUUUUAUUGAGUUUUCCAUAAUUUUUCAUAGAAUAGGUACAGUAUUUCUUUCUUUAAAACUUGAUUUUUUUCUCUUAACAUUCGAAAGACAGUUAUAAAAAAAAAUUCUGAAUAAAUCAAACAUUUUAAAGAUUAAACCCAGAACACCUGUGAGUGACUUGAUCGGCUUUAGAAGUUGCGUCUUGAAUUAUAUGCCUCAUCAGAACAUGAAAAUACAAAAGCUAGUAUACUUCACAUUACACAGAUUGUGCAUGAUAUUUACUUUUUCCUAAAAAUACAUCCCUUGUGUGCAUUAUAGAUUUUUGAUUUAAGAAUGUCAAAGCAACAUUGGGUGCUUCCAAAAUUACCCUAUGCCUUGAACCUGUAUUGCAGUCUACAGAAACAAAUUCUCUUUUAACUCUUACACAUGUGUUCUUUUAGAUUCAUUCUUAUCACCUCCAAAUUCAUCUACAGAAGAAACAUAUUCAAAAAUACCCUUAAAUCUAAAUAUUCACCACCUAAGCAUUAAGACAAUAUUCUUGUGCUUUCUAUUCUGUGACUGAAAUAUUAGGCUAAUUUUCCCCUCAGUACUUAAAAAAGUAUUUUGUAAAGAAGAUGUCAGAAGGCUUUUUGUUUUCUUUAAUUUUGCUUUUAAUAAGCAUAUUUGCUUUGGUUGGAAUUGGCCAGGGGAUGUUUUGUUUCUAACUGUAUCUUUAAACUAAUAAUAUUUUAAUGAUCAGGUUACAAAAGAAAAUAAUAGUGGUAGCAUUUCACUCUUAUUCCUAAUCCUUUCCUCCCCAAGCAGUGACAAUGUUUCACAUUUAACUGAUGCUGUAAAGUUCACAACAGGUAGGUCACAUUAGUAUUAUUGUCUUCACUUUAUAGUUUGGAAAACUGAGACUCAAGGAAAGUUCAAUAAGUUCCCCAUAGUCACAUAGCAAGGAAGUAGCAGAGUCAAGAUUUGAACCCAUGUGAUCUAAGAAUAAUUUCAUUCACAUCUAGUCAUACCGUAAAUAAACAAAGAAAGCUUACAACCAAAAAAAGCCAGACAUAGAAGAGUGUCCCCUUCUGAAUGUCUCUGUGUACUUCCCUAGGCCCUUCUCUGGUGAGUCAGCCAACACUGAAACCCCACAGUGUGCAAAAGAGCUUUUCAAGUACUUGUUGAGAGAACUAAUAAGUAGAAAUAAGCUCAUGGGCCCUGGGGGACUUGCUAAUUUGAUUAGAGAGAGAAGGCAUCCAACUGAUCAUUCUUUGAACACUCAGCAUCUAUGAUUUAUUGAUAAUGACAGAAACAACAUCUUCCAUUAGGUUUCCCUAAGAAUCUUUUUGAUUAGACCUUUUAAAGAUUUAUUCAGAGAAUGGUAAUAAGCUUUCUCUCCCACUCCCACUCUGGUUUACAAGUCUGUUAACCAAAAAAGAGACUCUAAAAAACUAUUAGAAAAUCUCAUAGAUGAUCUAGAGAGGCAGCUUUUGAUUUGGGGUAGACCUCAUUCAUUAUUCCUUCCUCACUCACUUGAAGUUUUUUUCCCCCACCAUGUAGAUGCUCCUUUUGGGGAAAAAAAAACAAAAAACUAUUCUUGUAUCCUAAGACUUAACACACUGCCUUAUACAUAGUAGGCACUUAAUAAAUCUUUGUUUAAUUGAAUUGAUCCUACUUAGAAUAUAGAACCAAAGGAUUAGAAAAAGCAAUUGACCAGAGGAAAAAGAUAGUAAUUGAAAAAAAAUAUGCACACAUAUUUAUAUAUAUAUUUGUUGAAGUUUAAGUUCCUCAAAAGACUUACAUCUGUAAAAAUUUUCUUGUGUAAAAUUAUUUGUUCUCAACAUAUUUCAAAAACUUUAUUACUGACUUUGAAUUCCUUUGAAGGAAUAGUAAAUAUGGUCUACUCCAAAUAAUAAUUUUGGGAAAAUUCUAAUUGCUGCUUCUCCAGUAUAAACUAAAUUAAAUGUAAAUCACGACACUAAGUAGGAAUAAUUUAUGUUUUUUUUCUUCUGAUUAAAAUUAAACUUUUGUCCUUUUUAUCUCAAUUAAAUGCUUACAGAGCCACUCAUCAAAUUUAAGAGUUUGAUAGUACUUGCUCUCUAUAUAGUAGGAAAUUAAUCACAGUUUUUCCAGUUGGUAAAUGAUGGAGUCUAGUGAUGUAAAUAUUCUUUAUAUUCAGCACAUUAGAUUUUGUAAGGAGCCUUCUAUUUAACAAAUUGUGGAAAUUUGUAGACUGGAAACUAUACUUUAAGUGCAUUUGCUAUUAAAGGAUCUUGUAGUCUGCUGAAGAAAAUGCAGAGUUCUCUGCAUUAAAGUGAAAAAUUUCUACUUAUUAAUUUUUUUGGUGGUGGCCAAAUAUCUAUUACAUUAUCUAACAGUGACCUUGAGAUCAUUUUUCUUUUCAAAUAUCUAUAAUUGUCUUAAAGGAUUUAUCGUAUGGCAAAAUAGCCAUGGAGUAAGGAUGUUUAAUGGAAUCAGAACCACCUAACUGAGUUGAUGUCAAGGGUAAUAAAAGAGCACAUUUCACAGUUUUACUCAUAAGCCAUAACUUUAUUUAAAACUGAAUCUCUCUUGAAAAGGUGCAAUGUAUAAUUUGUGAACUAGAUGCAUAUUUUUCAUUAGUGAGUCUUUCAGAAAAAAAUGUUCUCUAGGGCAAAGGGCUUUUCUCCUCUCUCUGAGAUGUUGUACUUAAAUUAUAGAGGUCCCUGCUUUGGCUACUGAGGGCAUAUUUUAUGUCCAGUUUUCCAGCAAUGUUUGAGUACCAAUAGUAUGAUUUCAACAUAUUCCACUUCAGCAGUAUGAAUUCCUGAUAUGUAAUGUCAUUUGUUUGUUUUGGAAAUCUGUGAUUAUUACUUUUUUUUUAAAUUCCCUUUGGGAAUAUUUAUAAUAUUUAUAAUUUGUGAAUAUCUAUAAUCAAUUAUGUAGAAAACUUCAAAGAUAAUCAGAACUAAGUAUAGUAAAUGAGAUUCCCAGAAAAUGAUUCAGCAGCAUUCUUUUUUUCAUCCCAUGUCUAUAAUGUCCCUGUCAUUUGAUUGCCAAAGAAAAAUUUGUCAAAAAAGCUAGGAAAGAAAGUAGUAAUUUCUAAAGAGAUAGAUAUGAUGUAUUUAAACAACUCUAAAAAAAAAAAAGUAGUAUAGGAAAAAAUGAAGAGAUAGAGAGCAGUAUUCCAAAAAAAGGAAGUAAGAGAAGUUAUAGUAGGAGCAAAACUAAACUGCCAACCAAUCCCAUACCUUCUUCAAUGUAACUCAACCAUCAUGACUUCAAAUAUAUCCUUCCCAGUCUUGCAGGCAAACCUCUCCAGUUUGUCUAGUACUAAACCUUUUUAACUUUCACAAGAUAUACUCAAUAUUAGAGCAUAGAUCUUGUAUACUUAAUAGAUUCUAACUGUUUCUAUUAUGCCCUUCCACUUGUCUUCUCAGAGUCCUAUCCUAAAUACUGUGAUCAACAAAAUAAAAUUUCACAGACGCACCCCAUUCCUAACUCCUAAGGAAAUAUUCAUACCCAUAGGACAUACAUUACUGACUGGAGUUUCAGCAAGACAUUUGGCAGAGUCCCUCAAGAUAUUCUUAUAGAGAAGAUAGAAAUGUGUGAUCUGGAUAAUGGUGCAAUUAGUUGGAUUUAAAACUGGUUGAAUGACUGGAAACAAAGAGUUCCAGUCUAACUAAAGGACUGUCAACCGAAUUUCAUAUUCUCUUGUAAGGUGUCCCAGGACUUGGUCCUCAGUCUCAUUUUAUUCAACCCUUUAAACAGUGAUUUAUAGGAAAUCAUGAAUAGAAUGGAAUGCUUAUCAAGUCUGUCGAUUAUACAGAGCUGGGAAGAAUAACUAACUUGUUACACGAUUGAUUCAAGAUCUGAAGAAAUCUCAGCAGACUAGAAUGAUAGUCCUAAUCUAAUAAAAUGACAUUUAAUGGAGGUGAGUGUUAAAUUUUGUAUUUAAAUUUAAGACUUUAAUUCCCCAAUUUCAGGAUGGGAGAGAUAUGACUGAACAAAAAGUUAUGUGUAAUUGUUAUUGGGAUUUUAGUGAACUUCAAGCCUAAUAUAACUCAGUGGUAUACAUAAUGAUGGGAUAGGAUGGAGAGGCAGCUAAUGUGUCAUCAGGCUAUGGGAAUUACGUAUAUUCAGAACUAAGUAGUGAUCAUUCCAUGAUCCAUUCCAUACUCGUUAUGUGGAGUAUUGUAUUUGGUUCUACAUACCAAAUGGAUAAGCUAUAAUUUGUCCAGAAGAGGCUACCAGGAUAGAAAGGGGAGCUCAAAACUCAAGAUCCAAUGAUCUAAGGAUAUUUAACCUGGAAAAGUCUUUGGAGACACAGUGAAAUAUGAUGGCUAUCUUCAAAUAUUUGAAGGAUUUUCAUGUGGAAACAAGAGUAAGCUUGUUCUGCUUGGCACAUAAGGAGCAGAGGUAAGAGCACUGGAUAGAAACUGCAUAGACACAUUUUGACUUGUUUCCUAAUAAAUAGAGCCAUCCAGAAAUGGAAAGAGCUACCUCAGGGGAAGGUUUUACAUAUCACUGGAGAUGUUUAAGCAAAGGCUAGAUGACCACUUACUAGAGAAUUUGUAGAGUGAUUUACUAUUAGGUAGGAGUGGGACCAAAAAGUCUGUGGGAUCUUUGCCAGUUCUGAGAUUCUGUGCCUCUAUAUGAAAGACAGAAUGUUCUUUUGACAUCAAGAAACUUUUUAUAUCCUAUAAACAGACAACUCAUAAAAAUACGCCUGUGCAUAGGAUAGCCUUAUAUUUGCAGAGUACUUUUUCCCAAGGAUCUAAAAAUACAUUUUUUCCCCUUCUGCUAAGUUUGUUAAGUAGUUAAGGAACCCACAUCCACUCAAUUAAAUUAGAAAACAAGUUAAAAAAUUAACUAACUUGGUCAGGUUGUCCACUGAGUCAUCAAGCUCUUCCCACUAUAUCAGGCUAUUUGUAUUUGUAGCAUGUAAAUGACUAUUUGCCAAAUAUCUUAUUUCCGGAAUUCCAUUCUUUCCACAGUAAUAAUUGAGAAUCCAAUUCUGGUGGUAGACUGAAAUGUGAUGUAUUUAAAGUUGUGAGAAUAAAAAUGAGGUCAACAAAUGAGAUAAAAUACAAUUUCCACUUGAGGGUUAUGCCUAUGAUUUUACAUUUUUUUUGAAAGACUGAUAUUUGAAUGACAAAUGGACUAUUGAAGUUACUUUUUCCUCUUAGCAGUUUUUUUGGUUCUUUGUUUCUAAAUUAUUGAAAUGCAUGUGGCCUUUUAAAUCUAAUCAAGUGGUGACCAUAUGUUAAUGACAAUAGCAAAAAAAAAAAAAAAAAAAAUGAACAUGUUUGUGCCUUAAGAGGCAGGACUAUUAAGUAAGAUAAUUUCUCAGAUACUUUAAUUCCUUUUUCCUGUAUAGAAAACAAUGAAUGCUUUACAAUCUUUUUUUAUUUUCUUAUUUGUAAAAUACUUUUUGAAACUUUUUUGUUUAUCAAAUCAUAGCAAAUUCAAACCAUGAAAGAGAAACUAACAAAUUAGAGGAAAUUAGUUCAGAUUUAUGAGCACUCCUGAUAGUUUUCUUUAGUUCUAAACUUAGGGGCUUCUUCUUUUCAUAUACAUAUGCCCUAUUUCACCAGUAUCCAUAGCAAUACUACAUAUAGCAUCAUUGCAAACUUACUAUGUAUUUUAAGGGCCCUAAUAGUGCCAACUUGUACAUUCAGACAACUGCACUAUCACAUUUGUUGAAAGUGAUCUCUUCCUUAUUUGCUUCUAAGUGAAGUAUAGGAAAGUAAUCAUAUAACACUAACCAAGAGUUGCUAACCCCCUGCAGUCUGUUGUGUUUGCUCAGUGGGCACCAUAACCUGUUGUACUUUGCCCAACCUACACACCAGAUCCCUAUAUCAUUUACAAACUUCUAGAAACUCAAAUUGAAACAAAAACAAAGCUGGAAAGAAUACUACACUGAAGUUCUCCAUAAACCUCAUGUGGUCCUUAGUAGAGAGUAAUUCCCAAGUGUGAUUAGCUAAAACUAACUCUUGGGACUGAAUCGGGCGUAGAAACAAGCCUCUCUACUUAUGUCUCAAUUUGCAGACCAGAAUGGAUUCUCUGGUCUUGUUUAGACCCAAUAUACCACAGAAUGCAUUUUCCCUCUGGAAGAUUGUUAUAAAUUCUUAAAGUUGCCCUGGGGUUUAGGAAGUCCAACCCUUAAAUUUGGCUACUAAACAAGAAACCAUCCAGAGUUUGCAAUUAAGCCUCAGGUGACAGGGGGCUGUUUCCUAGCCAUUUUUUUUUAAAAACAAGCCUAGAUUCCCAAAGCUCUACAAUUCCAAUCAUAUUAAGCCAUCUUACUGUGUAUGAAGAACAGGGUCUCUUAUAAUAUCCUUUUAAAGUUAUAGUAUUCAACUUAAGCAGAAAAACCAGAGCCUUAACUACUUUACACAUCUCUCAAGAUAAGCGCAAUAUCCCUUUAGGAUUUAAUGUUCCCUAAAUGUAUUAAUAAUUCGUUACUAUUCAAAACCUGGUUUCUUUAUGGUUAUGUGCUUCUGGUGUAUAAGGCUGAAUGGCAAUUGAAACUAUAAUUUAUCAAUUCAAAUACACUCCUCAUACCAAAGGUAAUUUUGUGAUUCUUGUUGCAUGUUCCAUAUGAUGUGUAUAGUCAUGACAUGUACAAGAUGAGAUACAUCAUAAAAGCAUCGUUUCAUUGAGAUUUGACUUGAGAAAUCUGAAUGUCUUAAGAACUAUACUGUUUUAUGUUACUCUAAAGUUGUGCACUUAGUCUUAAGUGGGAAUAAGUGUUGAUCUUGUCUAAGCAUUUGUUUGAUUUGAGAUUGACUAUAUGUUGUGGAUUGAAAUUGAUAUCAUAUAUGCCAGAGAUUCUAGCCAUGAAGACAACCAUUGCUGGUCAUGAAAUGCAGGAAGAAAUAGCAAAAAAACAAACAAACAAAAAAAAAAAA